AUGUCUCAAGCUGAUGCCAUCAACAGUAUAGCAGCCGAAGUGCCUGACUGGUUGCAAUCUGUCAUUGAUAUACCUGACCCACCUCAUGGAGAGCCGGCCAAAUUACAAAGAAUUUCCCCUAUACUUCGCCAGAAUAAUGAGGAAUAUUAUAAAAAGUACUACACGCCCAUUUCGGUUCCCAUCGGUCCAAUCCACUGUCGAAACCUUGAUGGUCAAUCCAUGAAGGAUUUGAAGCAGAAAGCAGUUAGGGAAUUAGCAAAAAGAGUAAAAGACGAGGUAUCCAUUGGAGAAGUAUAUGCAAGUGUGGAAGAAAAGCUGCUCAAUGCUCGGAAUCGUUACUCUUGCGAUAUUAUCGAAUCCUUUCAAGACGACCGCGAGUGGUGUGAGCUGAUGUUCCUCGACGGCUGCUUUGUUGUUAAAUUCAUUUGCGAUCACUUGUUUCUAUUAGUUAGGUUUGGCAGGAGCUUCUUGAAUACGAAGAAACAUGAUCUGCUUCGUGACCUUUACUUGUAUGAAAAUCAAUUGCCUUUCGAGCUCCUACAUUUGUUGAUUAUAUCGACAGUUGUUUCUGCAUUAAAUUUAGGCGGCGGGUUGAAACAACUCAAUCAAGUCCCUCACCAUGGAGAAAUCGUGAUCCCAGCUGAUUCAAUUCUUCAAUAUUAUUUAAACCAAUUGAAUAUUAUUUUUGGUAGAAGCCGCUCAGUGGCUACCGACGACGAUGAAGACGCCGCCGCCGCCUACAUCGCCUAUGUCGCCAGCGAUGCCGCCGCCGCCUCCAGACACGCCGCCAGCGAUGCCGCUUCUACCACCUUCGUGUUCAAAACCGACACCUACAUCCCCACCACUGCCGGAGCUGCAGGAGCUCCUCGUCCACCUUCCACAGUCACAGAGUUGAAGAAAGUAGGUAUUAAAUGCAGCGGUAGUACUUCCCUAUCAGACAUCUCUUUUUAUUCAAAUAUGUUAUCAGGGAAGUUGUUCAUUCCACAACUAACUUUCGACCAUUGGAGCAAGAUCCUGAUUUUAAACCUAGCUGCUUACGAAUUUUCGUGCAACCCAAAAUAUGGAUCCUCAGGGAUCUCAUCGUACUUGAGUUCAAUCAGUACGUUCAUUCAUGGAGAGGAAGAUGUUAAGGAGCUACGAGCCAGGGGCCUGGUCCAGCUCAACCACACAGAUGACGAUGAUCACGCAGUGGUUGACUUCUUCAGAUAUAUAAUAGCACAUCAUAAGCCCGAUUCUGAAGUUAUUAGGCAUGUCAAACGACAGAUUUCUACUUACUGCGAAAGCACCAGGCUCCUCCCUCUAAGAGUUGCCUAUGCUGAAUUUAAGCAAAGGUACUUUAGUGGUCCCUGGAACUUCCUCGUGUUCCUUGCUGUUAUUUUCACGGUCAGUAUGACUAUAAUUCAGACCAUCGUCACAUGCAUUCAGACUUUCAAAAAAGAUUGACGAUUGUGUAGUAUCCCUGUCGACAUGUCGUUCUGCUUUUUGUUGAGGUCUUGUAUCUUCAUAAGUUGUUGUAUUCCCAUUGUGGUUGUAUUUGAAUAAACAAUAAUUAGGAAAA